GAGGAGGAGGAGGAGGGAGAGAGAGAGACGGCCAGGCAGCGCAUCAAUGACAGGGACCGCACUCGGCCGAUCACCGCUCGGCCUGUUUCAUGUUUCUGGCUCCAGGCUGCGGACACACGGCUGUUCGUGAUCCGAGCUGAGGAUGUGGGAGCAGGUGUGGGUCUCCUGGUUCCCCCGCUGCCUCGUGCUCAUCGCCAGCGCUCGCACAGCAGCAUCAACAUCAUCAUCAUCAUCAUCAUUAUCAUCAUUAUCAUCGGCCGCUGGAGACCUGCGUCCGUGUGAGAAGACAGACUACUACUACCAGUACACAGAGUGUGACAGCACAGGGUCACGAUGGAGAGUUGCCAUCCCUCUCAAUCCGGGCUCCUGCUCCGACCUUCCCUCUCCGACCAGAGGGACCGACUGCUCUUUCUCCUGUCCAGCGGGGAAGUUCCUGGAGAUGUCCACCCAGCAGUGCACGCCGUGCGUGGCCGGUUCCUAUUCGCUGGGCAGCGGCCUGCGCUUCGACCAGUGGGACGCCAUCCCCGCCGGCUUCACCAGCCUCGCCAUCUUCUUCGACCCCGGGCCCAACGGAGAGGACAUCCAGGCCUGUAACAGUUCGGCCUGGACGCCGCAGGGCGUGUAUCUGGAGUCGAAUCGCGACGAGUGCACAGUGUCUCUGGUUUACGCCGUUCAUCUGGAGAAACAGGGAUCUGUUUCCUUCACGUACCAGUACCCCGACAACAACAUCUUCUUUGAAUUCUAUGUCCAGAAUGAGCAGUGCCAGGAAAUGACCCAGAAUGACGAUCAGAAGUGGAUUAAAAUCACCAACAACCAGGAAUGGAACACGCACACAGUGAACCUGAAAUCCGGUACAAACAUCCUGUACUGGAGGACCACGGGGAUUCUGGUGGGAGGGAAGAUGGUCAAACCUGUGCUGCUCAAGAACAUCCAAAUAGAAGGUGUCGCCUACACAUCGGAGUGUUUUCCCUGUCGGCCCGGAUGGUUCAGCCCGACCCCCGGCUCCUCGUCCUGCCAGCCGUGUCCCAGCAACACCUACUCCGUGAAGGGGGCGUCCUCCUGUACAGCCUGUCCCGAACACCACUACUCACACGAGGGGUGGGCUGAAUGUAAGCUGAGGCCGCCGUGCUCAGAGAAGGAUUACUUCCAGAUCCACACGGCCUGCGACAGCGAGGGGAAGACGCAGGUGUUGCAUCGUUGGGUGGAGCCGAAGAUCUGUGUGGAGAACGUGACGGGGGCGGUGGAGCUGCCGGCCACAGGCCAGAGGGAGGCGUGUCCUCCCUGCAACCCCGGCUACUACAACAGCAACGACUCCACCUGUCUGCCCUGCCCACCUGGAACCCACUCCGACGGCACCUUCGCGUGUGCCGAGUGUCCUGCAGGUACAGAGCCGGUGUUAGGUUACGAGUACAAAUGGUGGAACGUGCUGCCCUCCAACAUGAAGACGUCCUGCUUCUAUGUGGGCAACUCCAAAUGUGACGACAUGAACGGGUGGGAGGUGGCAGGAGACCACAUUCACAGUGGAGCAGGAAGCUCAGAUAACGACUAUCUCCUCCUCAGUUUGCACGUGCCCGGCUUCAAGGUCCCAGCCUCGCUCUCGGGGAUGACCGGCGGGGAAUUUGGCCGGAUAACCUUCGUGUUCGAGACCAUCUGCUCUGCCGACUGUGAGCUCUACUUCAUGAUGGAUAUGAACAGGAAGAGCACCACGGUGGUGGAGUCCUGGGAGGGCAGUAAGGGCAAACAGUCGUACUCACACAUCCUGACCAGAAAUGCCUCUGUCACAUUUACAUGGGCCUUCCAGAGGACUAACCGGGUUCUAGAUGUGCGGCGUUAUGUCAGCGACAUGGUGAAGAUCUACUCCAUCAGCGUGACAAACGUCGUGGACGGGGUGGCGUCGGCGUGUCGGGCCUGUGCUCUGGUCCCACAGAACUCGCAGCGGGCCGGCUCCUCCUGCGUUCCCUGCCCGGCCGGUUUCUACAUCGACAGAGACACCAACCGAUGCCUGGAGUGUCCGGCCAACACGCACCUGGCCGGAAGACACACCUACGGCCAGGACGCAUGUGUUUCAUGUGGACCUGGAAGCAUCAGCAACAAGGAGCAUUCCCGUUGCUAUAGCGACUGCUCUUUCACCCACACCGAGAACAACCGCACGCUGACCUUUGACCUCGGCCCCCUGACGAACGUGGCCUCUCUGACCAUCGGGCCCAGUUUCACCACCAAAGGGACGAAGUACCUCCACCUGUUCAACAUCAGCCUGUGUGGUCACGAGGGGAAGAGAGCUGCUGUCUGCACGGAUAACGUCACCGACGUGUCCAGCAAAGAGGACCAGAGCGACUCGGCUCAGUUUGUCAACUCGGUGGACAGCUUCGUCUGUCAAUCAACCAUCAUCCCGGCAGAUGGGCGGGGCUUCAGGAUGGCGAUCUCCUCCCAGUCCAUCAGCCUCGCAGACACUUUUAUCGGAGCAACAGUUGACACAGUCCUCAGCGGCGUGAACGCUAAUCCAGACCUAUUCCCAGAGAAUUCAAAGGACGUCCCCGAUAUUAACUUCUUCUACAGGUCGACGCAGGCGACGGCUUCGUGCGACCAGGGUCGUAGUUCAGUGAUCACCGUUCGCUGUAACCCAGAGAAAUCUGAACGAGGACAACUGUCUGUGCCCAGCUCCUGUCUUGCAGGAACAUGUGAUGGAUGUACAUUCCACUUCCUGUGGGAGAGCUCCAGUGCUUGUCCACUCUGCACUGAGGACGACUACCACCAGAUAGAGGGAGCAUGUAAAGGAGGCGUCCAGGUAACUCUGUAUGUGUGGAACGAGCCGAGGCUUUGCACCAAAGGUGUGUCGUUACCUGCUCGGAGCUCCGCCCCCUGCGAGGCCAUCGCCCUGUGGCUGAAGGUCGGGGUCGGAGGUGGAGCCUUCGUGGCCGUGCUGCUCAUCGCCCUCACCUGCUAUUUCUGGAAGAAAAACAAGAGGCUGGAAUACAAGUACUCUCGUCUGGUGAUGUCUGCCAACAAGGAUUGCGAGCUGCCAGCUGCAGACAGCUGUGGCCUGACCGAAGGAGAGGAGCCCGACGACGACGUGGUCUACACCCAGAAACCCACGCUGCUCGGGAAACUCCGGGCCAUCGCCAGCAAGCACGAGGAUGGAGAGAGCAGCGAGUCUGUGCAGCUGAACUCCUCCCAGUCUGACCGAUGGGUGCUGGGAUAAACGGAUGCCGUCAGAGGAAGGCCACAGGUAAAUAAAGGAGUUUCAGUCCACCUCCCUGAGACCCUUCUUCUCUGUGGGGGAACCAUCACAUGCUCCAGUUUGGGGACAAGUCUGGACCUCGGACAGUGACUUUCACUCCUCGACCUUCGAAUAGACAGGAAACACGGUCCUGCUUUAACGCCAUGGAUGAAUGAACUGGAAAACAUAUGUUUUUUUUUUGUAUAUUUUGUAUUUUUAUUUGGUAUCUUCUGUUCACAGUUGUGUAUUUAUAUCAAUGUUAUGAUGAUGAACCUUUAUUAAAGUCUUGUUUGGC